GGAAGUUGGGGUUGUCGGUGCUUUUCUUCUCCAGGGUCUGCUGCAGGAUCGUUUGGGUUGGGUCGAAAGUUAUGGUAACGACGCUGUUGGGUGUGAGGUUUAAAAAAAGGAGGAGUGGCGCAGAGAUGUUGAGGAGGAACGGUUUUCCUCCCAGCGCAAAAUGACCAACGCGACCAGCAGCUGUGGAGAGAUUUGCAUGAUGUUGAGGAGAAGUCUGCUCACUUUCAAACCGUUCAGGCUCUUUGUUCUGGGCAUCGGCGUCUUCAGCUUGUUCUUCCUAAUGACGUCUCUAGGGGGCGAGCUCUCCGGCAAGCGACUGUCCCCCUCCCCUUUCGUCGUCCAGGCAGAAGACCCGGCGGGGCAGGAGUCUCGAGAAGGUCUGAAGAAGAUCUCGGACAUGAUGGAGGUCAUUUUGAGGAAGUUAGACGUUCUGACCGGGCUCGGUAACAGGAGCGACACCUCCCACAAACUGCAGGAACUCAGCGCGGCUCUAGACAGGGUCCAACUGAUAGAGCCCAUGAUGGAGCGGAUCAAGUCCAUAGCUCAGACCAUGACGGACACAACGGUGAAGGUGGAGAAGAUCCUCCAGCAACGCAACGUGGUCAGCAGCAAAGACGUUGACGCGCCAUCGAAGCAGUGCGAGACUCCCAAAGACCCCCUCUUCCCCGACUGUUCCACCAAAAUGGAUUGGAUGCGCGCUCGCUGGACCUCUGACCCGUGCUACGCCUUCUACGGAGUGGACGGCUCGGACUGCUCCUUCCUGAUUUACCUCAGCGAAGUGGAGUGGUUCUGCCCCCUACUGCCCGGGAGGAACGUGAGCGCUCCUCCCACCGCCAAGCCUCACCCCAAACAAAAGGCCCAGUUCCAGUUUGACGUGGGACCUCUUCUGGAGCAGGUGGGCACCCGGAAGGAAUCUCUGAACUUCAUGAAGAGGAGGAUCCAGAUGCUAGCUGCGCAGUGGGCGUCGGCCGCGAGACGAUUCGACGACAAACUGCGCAACCGGUGGAGAGACAAAAAGAGGAUCCUGGUGCACGUGGGCUUUCUGACGGAGGAGUCGGGGGACGUGUUCAGCCCGAAGGUGCUCAAAGGGGGUCCUCUGGGGGAGAUGGUGCAAUGGGCCGACAUCCUGGCCACUCUGCACGUGCUCGGACACGACCUCAAGAUCUCGGUGUCCCUCAAAGAACUGCAGCAGUUUUUGGGUGCACCCCCCGGUCAUGGAAACUGCCCCGUCACUGGACCUCUGCCCUUUGACCUUGUCUACACAGACUACCACGGCCUCAAGCAGAUGAAGAAGCAUAUGAGCCUCACACUCAAGAAGCACAAGUGCAACAUCCGGGUGAUUGACACGUUUGGCACAGAGCCGGCCUAUAACCACGAGGAGUACGCCACGCAGCACAACUACAGGACCAACUGGGGCUACUGGAACCUCAACGCUCGCCAGUACAUGACCAUGUUCCCCCAUACUCCCGACAACUCCUUCAUGGGCUUCGUGGUGGAGGAGGUCAACGAGACGGAGCGACUCACUAUUCAGAGGAACAAGGUGCACAACAUGGCGGUGGUGUACGGUAAAGACGCCAGUAUGUGGAAGGGCAAAGAUAAGUUCCUGGAGCUGUUACACCACCACAUGGAGAUCCACGGCACCGUGUACUACGACUCACAGCGCCCCCCACAGGUGCCCGCCUUUGUCAAGAACCACGGGCUACUGCCUCAGCACGAGCUACAGCAACUCCUCAGGAAAGCCAAGCUUUUUAUAGGAUUUGGCUUCCCAUACGAAGGCCCCGCUCCACUGGAGGCUAUAGCCAAUGGAUGCAUCUUCCUGCAGCCCAUGUUCAACCCCCCACACAGCUCCUAUAACCACGACUUCUUCAAAGGGAAGCCCACCUCCAGGAAGGUGACCUCGCAGCACCCGUACGCAGAGCAGUUCAUCGGGAGACCACAUGUCAUCACCAUCGACUUUGGGAACUGGAAGACCUUCAACGAAACCAUCCACGAAAUUAUGGACCUUGAUGUGGAGCCGUUCGUGCCACAUGAGUACACCUGUCAGGGCAUGCUGGAGAGAGUACACGCCUACAUACAGAACCAGGACUUCUGUUCACCUCAAAAGCCCUUGGACUCUCCCAGCUCUUGGCCAGGAAACCCCCCCAGCCCCUUUCGUCUGCUGCCCAACUCCAGCACUCUGUCGUGGGCACUGGCUGACUCGACCCCCCCCUCGUCCUGGCCCCCUCUCUCGGCUCUCAGGGUCCUGGCGUCGGCUCUGAACCAGUCCUGUGUGAGGACGUGCCAACGGGCCGGCCUCGUUUGUGAACCAGCCUUCUACCGCUACAUCAACAUAAAGGAGGCGUUUCACUCGUUGAACUUCCAGUGUGAGGGCGAAGAAACGGAGAGGAACCACCUUUUACCUGCUUUUUUAGAGAAGCAUAAAGAGUGUUACCUCCAGCAGGAGCCUCUUCUGUUCAGCUGCGCAGGCUCCAGCCCAGAGCACCUGCGCCUCUGCCCCUGUAGGGACUAUCGCAGGGGCCAGGUGGCGCUGUGCAAAGACUGUCUAUGACCACAGACUAAGGUCCAGAAGGAAAUAAUGAAGACACAAGACGCUGGGGCUUCACUAUAGGUUGGGUUCAUGUGUUGUAACUUCAGAGGUGGGUAGAGAAGCCAAGACAUUGUACUCGAGUAAGAAUAUUACUUGAGCAAAAUAGUAAGAGUAAGUAAGUAACUGUCAGGACGUAACAUCUGAUUUAUAAUUUAAAGUUAAUGGAAUUGGAGAGACAAAACAUUAAAUAACGCACAAAAAUGAGAAAAACAAAAUCAUAUCUUUUUUUUUUAAUCACGGUUAAUCAUAUGAAUUUAAUUGAACUCUAAGCCAUUGUAUUUGAGUAAGAGUAAUGUUACUUCAAAAUGAUAUUACUUGAGCAGAAGUAACUGUCAGGACGUAACAUCUGAUCUAUAAUUUAAAGUUAAUGUAGUUGGAGGGACAAACCAUUAAAUAAGGCAGAAAAACUGAGAGAAAAAGAAGAAUAUCUGAAGGAGUGGUGCAAAAAACACAAAUGUUCAAAUUAGGGCUGAAUCUUUUUUCACUUGACUUACUCACAGUGGGAAGAGUAACUGAGUACACAAGUAAGAGUACUGUUACUUCAAGAGAAAUAAUAAGUAGGAGUAAAAUUAUGCUACUGGAAACCUCGGAAAGUGCAAUUUAUUCGAAAACUUACUGUAACUGAGACCUCCCCACCUCUGAACACUGUAAAUUGCCCAUAGAGAUCAGGCUCGUUUAGGAUUUUCAGUCAGUCGAGUCCAAAUUAAUGAAGGUUUUUGUGACGUUAAAACUCGUAAAAGUGUGAAAAACAGAACUAGUUUAUUUUAAAUGGUCUGCAGGGGUCCACAGUCACUCCUCACGUACCUUAUGCGAAGUGUUUUUCACAACGUUCAGAGAGAAGAGCAGAGUUUUAGCGUCACAGUGAAGCAAACACACACUCACACACACACACUAUAUUCACACGAGGCGAGGCGUGAAGUGUCUUGCCAAAGAACACAACGACUGAACAGCACAGAACGUCUGAUGAUUUAACCUGAUUUUACAAUUUAUCUGUUCUGGAUGCAGCGUAAUUGAGUCAGGGCAGAUCACAACGAGAUAUUUGUGUGUAUUUAUUUACAUAUUACCACUACAAAAAGGUUUUCCCAGUACUUUAUAUUGUACUUUAUAGUAUAGUAUAGUACUUUAUAUUGUAAAAACAGUCAAUCCAGUUACAGCUACUGCAAAGAAGUGACACUGCUGUAAAGAAUUCAGUCAAAAAAGUGAUAAUAUAUUUAUUUAGGUUUAACAUGGGAAGAUGUGGGUAAAGUUUGAGUUUGUGUCACUUAUUUUAUUGUUUACAUUUUAUUGUUUUGUUUUUUAAUUCAUCUCUAUGGACGUUUUACCUUCUUGGGGCAAACUGUGAAUUUUUCCAAUAAUUGAUUUAAAUGAAUCCUAAUCUUUUGUUUAAAAUGAAGGUGGAGGGCAGAUGAGAAUCCUGUCAUAGAAAUGUCUUUUAAAAGUGUUCAGAUUUUUCUUUGUGUUUUUUUUUUCUUCCAUUUUCUUUACACUGUGACGCUUGUGCAAAGGGAAAGACUUAACCCACUUAUUUUAAGUCAAAUCAAACUUUCUGAGAAGAAUUUUACUUAAUUUUACUUCAAACUCCGAGAUUAAAAAGUGUGGCUAAAAUUUCCCAAAUUUUAUUCUGACUUUUAUAGGAAUUCCACCUGAUUUUUCCUCUAUAAAAAGUCCCUAAAUGGCAUUUUUAUUGAAAUAUGCUUCAACUUUGACUCUGUGCACAACAGCGCCCUCUACCUCACUGUGAGCGUCACUACUUCCUGUUCAGUUUUAUCUUUUUUUUUUUUCUUUCUGAGUCACGCUAAAAUGAUUAAGUAAUAGAAGAUGAGACAGUGGACAGCGAGCUGUGCAUGGAUGUCAUUGACAACAUGUUAAACACUACACAAAUAAAUCUGCGUUUAGAAAGAGACAUGUUUGUGUCUCAAUGCUAAUGCUAAUGCUAAUUUUGAGCCAUAAUUCUAAUAUACAACAACAACUACAACAACAUAAUACAACAACAAUAACAUAAUACUACAACUACAUAAUACAACAACAACAUAAUACUACAACAACAACAUAAUACAACUACAACAAGAACAUAAUACUACUACAACAUAAUACUACAACAACGACAUAAUACAACAACAUAAUACUACGACUACAUAAUACAACAACAACAUAAUACGACAACAUAAUACUGCAACAGCAACAUAAUACAACUACGACAACAUAAUACUACAACAAGAACAACAUAAUACAGCUACAACUACAACAUAAUACUGCAAUAACAACAUAAUACUACAACAAUGACAUAAUACAACGACGACAUAAUACUACAAAAUAAUAAUAAUAAUAAUAAUAAUACAAAAUAAUUUAGCUUAAAAUAAACCACACACUGAAGUAUUCUGCAUAUAAAAAAUCACUGGCUGGUCUUUAUUUUAAUUAAUUAGAAUGUUAAUAGGUUUAUUUUAUGUGUUCAGAUUUUUUAUUAAAGCGACUGUUAGCUCUGAGACACCGUGAGCUAACAGCUAACACGCUGCUGUGCACAGAGCCCAACAUAUGCUCCACCUCCCUCCAGACGCCAGCUCCACCUAAUCUUAUAUUUAUCAAAAACAAUCUAGUCUGGAGUUGAAAUCUGAUGUUCCUCUGUGCACAGCAUGUUCUCACUUAUAAUGAGAGACCAUCAGACGGAAGAGGCCAAAACUACAACGUGCUGUACUCCAAAAGCAUCGUAAAUAAUGCUAAUCGAUACUACAACUAAUAUGGAAACUAGAUAUUUAUUUGAGCAGGUAUUGAUACUAAAAAAGUCACAUUUACAGGACAGAAAUACCUUUAAAAUGAUCUUUAGCUGCAUCAGAACCACAUAAGACACAGAGACUAUGGACGACUGAGGGUUUACAAAGGUAUAAAACAUAAAAGUCUAAAUAAAAAGUAUGUUUAUCAUCGUGGUUUUGGAAUUAGUCAAGUCUACAAUCGUGUGAACUCAACGUAUAAGUGCAAACCAGGGCCAAAGGAGGUUCACUUUCAUUAUCUCAGGGAAAACUGCAUGAUUGUUGUACGAGAUUUUUGGAGUGGGUUUAUCUUUUUUAAACUCAUGACACAAGUUGUGAUAAUCAAGAGCAAUCUAAACCUUUUGGAUAAAGAUGUAAAUAUGUUUAUGUUUGGAUCAUAGUGGAUAUUCUGCACCCAAAGUCCUUUAUCGCCUUGUCCGAGAUGUACUAUUUUACAUGUUCUGUAGUCGCAAUAUUUAUAUGUGUUGGUUAA